ACUGAUGCCUACACAAUCAGUGUGCCAGAUUGUAUUGCACAGAAGACCAGAUACACUCUAAUACUAUUUUACUGAGAAAAAAAAAUAGAUCAGAUAUGUCACAGGUUCUUGAAUAUAUAAGCUACACUGAGGAGAGAGGAGAGCGUGUCGAGAGGGUGGUGGAAAUCUAUGAGAGUGCAGACACUGUUCGAGGUCACAAUCCUAAAACAAAGACAGAGGAUUUCAACACGAAGACUCAACACACAGGAGACGACAAGAAGGUGAGCAGGUGUUACACAGUGACUGCAGUGUGUGUGAUGCUGCUGCUGUUUGUUCUCCUGCUGGCUGCCAUCACAGUGCUGUGGAUCAAAUUCAACAUCCUGAAUACAGAAAACAACCAGCUCCAGACCAGUUACAACAACCUGACUAUAGAGAGAGACCAGUUACAGUCCAGUUACAACAACCUGUCUAUAGAGAGAGACCAUUUACAGAAGGAGAGAGACGGAUACCAGAAGACACUUUGUGAUUCAUAUAAAUGGACGUGUUUCAGUUCCAGCUCCAGUUUUUAUGGCAUGUCUAAUGAGAACAAAAAUUGGAGAGAGAGCAGAAAGGACUGCAGGGACAAAGGAGCAGACUUGCUGAUCAUAAACAGCACAGAGGAACAGGAGUUCAUUGUUAAACAACUGGGCAAUUUUGAGGCAUGGAUUGGUCUGAGUGACAAAGAUGUAGAAGGAGAGUGGAAAUGGGUGAACAAUAGAACUCUGACCACUAAGUACUGGGCUGAAGGGGAACCAAAUAAUGAUGGUGAAGAGGACUGUGCUGUGAUUUAUGCUUCAUCUAAGACUGUCUGGAAUGACAGGCAAUGUUCGGUUCAAUUACCGUGGAUCUGUGAGAAACCUGUUUUGUAAUGAUGUGUCCCAGUUUAAAUGAAAAGUGCUUAUAUAUAAAUUGAGCUAAAUCUAGACAAAGUAAAAGAUAAUAUUUCAGUGAUAAUUGUGUUUCAGUGUCUGCUCUUGUUUUCUCUGUAAUCAUUCACUGAUACAAAUUGCACAAAGUCUGUUUAUGUUUUUUUUUCAUUAUCUCAGAGAUGUAUUGUAUAUUUCUUGUGAUUCUGAUGCAGUAAAUUUCUAGAUUUCUAGAUGGAAGCAGUAUAAUAAAAAUAAUUGAAUUUAAAGUCCAUCUCAGUGUCUCUGUUAAUUUAGCAUAAACUUGAGCUCAAUCAAAUGUUGUAUUAUAACUUAUUGCUUUAUUGCUUCUGGAGUGAUGUGAAAUGAUGUGUGAAUAAUA